AUGGAACCCACAGGCCAUUGGGACAAGGCCCUGUCCAAUGACAGCACCUACGAGGUCGUCCUUAGGAAUGGCUCCAAUUACACUUCUCAGUUCACAGGUGUGCAGCUGAUCCAGUCUUUCAAGCCUCUGAUCAUCCCCUGCUAUACUUUGGUGGUACUUGUGGGGAUCUUUGGCAACUAUCUCCUCCUCUAUGUCAUCUGCAAGACCAAGAAAAUGCACAUCACCAACUUCUUCAUUGGGAACUUGGCCUUCUCUGAUAUGCUGAUGUGCACCACCUGCGUCCCCUUUACUCUCGCUUAUGCUUUCAACCCACAAGGGUGGGUCUUUGGGAAGUUCCUGUGCUAUUUUGUGUUCCUGAUGCAGCCCAUGACGGUGUACGUGUCGGUCUUCACUCUCACGGCUAUUGCUGUGGACAGGUACUACACCACCGUGCACCCUCUGAAGAGGCGUAUCUCGUUAGGCUCCUGCGUAUACAUCAUUGGCGGGAUCUGGCUGCUCUCCUGUGCCCUGGUGGCCCCCGCAAUUGCCCACACCUACCAUGUGAAGUUCCAGAAGGAAGGCUUUGCCAUCUGCGAGGAGUUCUGGAUGGAAGAAGAGAAGGAGCGCUUGGCCUAUGCCUACAGCACCUUGAUCAUCACCUAUAUCCUGCCGCUCUCUGCGGUCUCCCUCUCCUACAUCUGCAUCACUGUCAAGCUUAGGAACCGCAUUGUGCCCGGCCACCCGACGCCAAGCCAGGCAGAGUUUGACCGUGUGCGGAAGAGGAAGACCUUCCGCCUCCUUUUGCUGCUAGUGGCCGCCUUUGCCAUCUGCUGGCUCCCCAUCCACAUCUUCAACAUCAUCCGGGACAUCAACAUCAACCUCAUCAACAAGCAGUACUUCCUUCUCAUCCAGUUGCUCUGCCACUGGUUUGCAAUGAGCUCUUCCUGCUGCAACCCCUUCCUCUACGCGUGGCUGCAUGACCGCUUCCGGAGCGAGCUGAAAGAGAUGUUCACCUUCAAGAAGAAGAUUAUCCCCGCCAAUAACUGUGUGGCUGUCAGCGUGAUGCUCUAA